AUGUCAGGCAACGGGUUAAUAUCCAGUAUCCGGAGGUUAAUAAACACUGAGGAGCGGCUGAGGACGAGCAACCCCAGUCCGUUUGACCAUCUACGCCUGCAGAUGGAUGACAUCUCUGGAGACGGAGGGAUCCUGAAGGAGGUGGUCCAGCCUGGAGAGGGCCCACCUGUACCCCAAAAUGCUUCAGUAUUGAUCCAUUACUCUGGUUUCCUGGAAUAUUCAGACCAACCUUUUGAAACCACCACAAACCUCAAAUACCCGCAGAUGAUGAAGUUAGGGAGAGAUGUGACACUGGCUGGACUGGAGCUGGGUCUGCUGACCAUGCAGAAAGGAGAGUUCUCUCGUUUCCUUUUCCAGCCCCACUAUGCUUACGGGGACAUGGGUUGUCCUCCGUUCAUUCCUGCUGCUGCUGUGGUUCUGUAUGAGGUUCAGAUCCUCGAUUUUUUCAACUCAGGACAAGUGGACGACUUUGUCGCACUGAGUCCGGAGGAGCAGAACACUGCUCCUCUGUCCACGCUUCUUGAAGUUGUCAACACACUACGCAGCUUUGGCAACCGCUUCUUCAACCAGAGCCGUUAUCAUAAUGCCAAAGAUCGCUAUAAACAGGCAAUGACGCUGCUGGGGAGCAGGGAAUCCCAGAGUGAUGCAGAGAAGGAGAGGAUCAAGACAGCUGUGCUGCCUCUAUAUCUGAACCUUUCUCUCACUGAGCUCCGUCUGGACAGCCCGCACAAAGCCCUGAAAUAUGGCAACAAAGCCUUGGAGAUAGACUCAGCCAACACAAAGGCUCUUUUCCGCUGUGGACAGGCGUACCUGGAGCUGCAUGAGUAUGAGAGCGCCCAGGAUUGCCUCAUAACUGCUCAGGCAAAGAGACCCUUUGACAGUGACAUUAACAACCUCCUGAGGAAAGUGGCGAUGUCUUAUAAAGACAGCUUGGACAAACAGAGAGACAUGUACUCAAAGAUGUUUCGAGACUUGAGGGGCCCAGUGAAGAUGUAAAUAUGAAGAAAAAAGAGGGCAGAGCAAAGAGCAAGCUUCAAGGUUCAACAGCAUGUUUUCUGUCCAGCACUGAUAAUUCUGAAAGUUGCACUUUUUUGUUGUUUUUGCAUAUGUUUUGAAUGUUUUCAUGCUAAAAAGAUGUUUUGUUAAUUUCCUUUAAAAGAAUCAGUUAUUUACGAAUAUCUGUUAAUAAUGUGGCUCAAGAGUAGUUUUCCUGUUUGGAGAUAUGCUUUGCAGAAUUUGCUUUCGCCUCAAAUAUU